AAAAAAAAAAAAAUGAAUUUGUCAAAACCAAAACACUAGCGUUUCCCCGCGUCCUUAAUUUUUAUUUAUUGUUAUUAUACAAGAAAAUAAAAUAUAUAUUUUUUUAUAAAAGUUUAAAAUUAUGAGUGGUCCAAACGGUAUGUUGUAUGGUGGUGACGAAAUAGGUGCUUUAGUAUUCGAUCCCGGACAUCAUUCGUUGAGAGUUGGGUAUGCUCAAGAAGAUACUCCAAAAGCCGAUAUUCCGGCCGUAGUUGGUGUUGGACCAGCAACACAUAUUCCAGAACCCGAAGAGAAAGUCCCAGAUGGGAAUAUCACUCAGAGCGCCACAAAAACUGGCGAGCUCCGCUACUAUAUAGAUGUGACUGAGCUGCAUGUGCCCCGACCGGGCAUGGAAGUGCAAACAUAUAUGAAAGACGGCCAAAUCGACAAUUGGGACUUAUUCGAGAAGAUGCUGGAUUACUGUUAUUCUAAGGUAAUCAGAUCCCCAUCAGAGCACCAUCCAGCUCUGUUCACUGAGGCAGUGUGGACAAUGCGGCCAGCUCGGGAGAAGCUGGCAGAGUUACUCUUCGAGAAGUACCAGGCACCAGCGUUCUUCCUCGUCAAGAAUGCUGUGCUGGCGGCAUUCGCUAACGGCAAGUCCACCGCCUUAGUGGUGGACGCUGGCGCCAGUCAGACAUCUGCUGUCCCCGUCAUAGAUGGAUACGCGCUGGUGAGCGCCGCGGUCCGCUCCCCCGUGGGAGGCGACCACCUGGUCGCGCAGGCCAAGAAUUUGCUCAACUCUAUGCAUAUACAGAUGCUGCCUUUAUACAGUAUACAGAGCAAGGAAGUGAUCAGGGAGCGUGAACGUGCCAGGUACACGCUGAAGACCCUACCGGCUGGCCUGACGCUGUCUUGGCAACAGUAUAUGCUCAAACGGCAAUACGAAGAUUUCUGCCACUGCGUUGCCCAGGUGUCAGAGACCCCGUACGACGAGCGUACAGCGGCGUCGGUGCCGUUCAUACACUACGAGUUCCCCGGCGGUUACCACCAGGACUUCGGCCCCGAGAGGUUCAAGUUGACCGAGUGCUUGUUCGAGCAGAACCUGGGGGCGGCGCACCUUGCGGUGGCGGCGGCGGCGGCGUGCGAGGCGGAGGCGCGGCCGGCGCUGUGGGGCGGCGUGGUGGCGUGCGGCGGCGGCGCGGGCGCGGCGGGCUGGCCCGAGCGCCUGGCGCGCGACCUGGCCGCGCGCGCGCCCUCCUCGCACCGCAUCAAGUCGCACGCCGCGCCCGCGCCCGCCGAGCGACGCUUCGCCGCCUGGAUCGGUGGCUCGAUUCUGGCGUCGAUCGGGUCUUUCCAGCAGAUGUGGAUAUCCUCGCAGGAGUACGACGAGGGUGGGAAAGGGCAGCUCGAGAGGAAGUGUCCAUAAGACCCUCGUAGUAGAUUAAGACUAGUUUUAACAUUUUAAGAGACUUAUGGGUGUGACAACAGUACCAUCAUAUAACUAGACCUCAAAAAUGGCAAGGAGCGUACGGGUGUCACAGUAUAUAAUAUACAUGGUGUUCGUGUCUAGCAAGAAAUAGAAAUUCUAAGCAUCUUUUUAAGGGAGUGUUCUAUCAGGGAUUAAACAUUAUCUCCGUAGAAAUAAGAUUGGAAAAACGACAAUAAGAGAUAUAUUUUUUUAAAUAGAUGAUAAUGGAAUGGUAACCCCGUCUACGCUAACAGUAUACGCUGGAGUGGCCAACCCCCCCCCCCCUCCCAUCCUCCAACAACAAAAGAUUAUCAUAGACAUAUGACUGUCUAUUUAAAAAGUCGAUCGAUCUAUGAACCUAUUUGAGUAAAGGUUAUAUUAACGUCUGGAAGCGCCAUGAUAGUAUGGUAAAUUUAAUAUUUUUUAUUCAUUUGUUGAUUUGUGUACCGUUAAGAAUGUUCAGUGCCUCUGAGAGAGCACUGCCUUCAAAGGAUGCUAUUUACGCGACGGUCACCGCUUACCAUCAGGCGGGCCGUCAGUCUCUUGUCGUUCUGGGUUACGUUAAAUACAAAACAAAAAAAAAUCUAACCCAGUAACUGUACAGUAUUUUAUUUUGAGAAAAUUACCAAAAUGUAAAAAAAAAAAAACAAUAAAAAAUUCAAUAUAAGCACUCGAUUUGUACAAUUUUUCUCCCCCAUCAGUGAUUUUAAACCCAUAGAUGUAAGCAUAAUUGUAUGUUUUAAAUACACUAAAUGCUGGUAAAUAGUAUUUACAUACCAGAGGAUCUACCAUGAAUUAUUUUCUCAAAGUUCGCGGCCGAAUGAAAUACAAAAAAUGAUGCUUAAAUAUACAUAAUUUUUAUACCAAUGAGAUGGCAAACAAGCACAGCUCACCUGAUGGUAAGCGGUCACUGUAGCCUAUGAACGCCUGCAAUACCAGAGGUAUUACGCGCGCGUUGCCCACCCUGAAUAAACCUCUCCCCCCCCCCCCCCCUUUUGAAGAACAUCAUGCUGCUCUAAGAUUACAUACCGUUUAAAAAUGUUAAAAGUAUCCUUUGGACUACUUUAACAUAACUUUGUUUCUACCUCGUACACCUAGGUUGUGGAAUGAGCUCUUUUUUUAUACAACUUAGAAUGGUAAACAAGCUGACGGCCCACCUGAUGGACAGUGGUAACCGUCGCCUAUACACAUGAGCAGUACCAUGGACAUAACAGAGUAUACUGUUUCGACCGUGAUACCCCCUCAUGCAUUGCCAUUCCUGAGGACUCGGGUGUUAUUCCUCUGUACCCAGUAAAUUCACGCUAUAUCCCACCCUUCAAACCGAAACAGCCAUGCAAACACAACUGCUUCACGGUAGAAACACGAAUGGGACAAAGGUGCCCAAGCAAUCGACUUUUGUACAAAGUCUCCCUCUGGUAAUCUGCUUCCGUCUUCAGUUUUUCCUUUACAAUAAAUAUAAUAUGGGGAAUUUAAAGAAAAAACGUGUCUACAAACAUUUAAAGGCCGACAACGCACAAGCAACUCUCGUUUUGUGGACUGUCUAUUCGUUUGCCUACCUAACAAUAAAAAUAAUAUUAGGGUAGAAUUUAUAAAGAACGGAAUGUUCACCUCCGUUUACUAGGCCAAUUUCGGUACGAACAAAACACGAAAUCGAUUCCGAAAAUCCGGAAUUUGAUUUCAUGGUAGACCCCCUGCUUCUUUAUUGCCGACGUGGAACGUCAAGCACCAAAUAGUGUAUUUAAAAUAUGUGUCAACAAUGCGACAGUUUAAAAUUAACAAUUGUAUGUGUGUAUGUACAUGUGAUUUGUAACAUUUGAUAUAGUGGAACGGUCGUUUUCAAAAUUAAUUCAAAAAAUACUCAAUUCGACGUUCUCGAGGGUUAAUACGCCGUCUCACUUUCCAACGGUCGUGGAUUCGAUACCCGGACAAUACGGUCCACCUGUAUGCUUGUUUGCCACCUCAGUGGUAUAAAAAAAAUGUAAUUCCUUGUUUUUAGAUUUAGAUGAUCAAAGAUUGUGUCGCUUGAAAAUGACUGUUCCCAUUGUAACUAUUGACUGAGAAUAAAUAAUUGUAAGGAA